AUGGACGAUCGAAAGGUCGUGGCUGAGAAGGCAGCCGACUCGCCUGGUGCGUUCAGCCCACGCGUUCCCUCACAGCGAUUAUUCGACCCAGAUGUGGUAGAAGGACAAUGGCAGCCGAUGCUUGAGAGUGAUUGCACCUUCGAACCUGAGAUGUUUCUCAAGGUCAUGCACAAUCUUAUCAAGAACCCUAAUAUCAUGUCCACUCAUCUGUUCCGAGCGGAUAUUCUGUAUGACAGCGAUGGCGAUCAUACUAUCAUCGAAGGACCAUCGACCACACAAUUCAGCGAUUUUACCAAGCACCUGAAGCAAGAAUACCGACCAAGAUAUACCGAGCUUCCUGGAUAUAAGUGGGAGAGGACGUAUGUUCGACAACUUGUCCCACGCAACCGACAGCUAGACCGUGAUCUUCCACAGACCUGUCACUUCUAUACACACCAGAACGAGAUCUCUACGAGAAAUCUCAUCCUCUAUAUUCCGCAUGUCGCAGAUUCCGAAAACAUGCCAUGGUAUCAUCCCAGAGUUCGCGCUGUAGCCUUUUCCCACGACUGGACGGCUGCAUCCAAAACAGGAAUUGUCGCAGUCCACUACUCUCUAUUUCCCGACGUACCCCUCGACUCAAGGCUCGAGCGGACAGCAUUACAGCUACUUACUAAGAUUCACAAACACAGUAAAGGUCAACAAGCAGGUUACCAGAAAAGGGUUCACCAUGAUCAAGUUGUUCCGCAAAAGACAUUUCAAGAAACAUAUGCCAGGCUCAAGAGCACAUAUGCCAAGUCCUUAAUUGAAGGUUGGGCGGAAGUAACUGAUCCCGCCAAGCAUGUUUUCGAAGACCUUGGGAUCGCCUCGUUUCUGAUCGAGCUUUGGAAGGUCAUGUAUGAUUGUGAUACAGCUACAGUCGUCAAGGAACACGCCGUCCAGCCAGUAGAAAAUGGUCGCAAACCCCCGUUUCCAGGGUUCGUCGAUAUUGGUUGCGGCAAUGGUCUACUUGUGAACAUCCUGACANAAGAAGGCUUCCCAGGCUGGGGCUUUGACGCACGGCAUCGAAAGUCAUGGGAGACAUUCGCACCCGAGGUUCAGAGUAAGCUUGCAGAAGGCAUCCUAGUGCCCCAGGUGCUGAGUCCUCAGGUGCCGAUAGAAGAAGAUGGAAAGAUGGCAGAUGUGUCAGAACAGUUGGAUGCCAUCAGUUUGCUGAGGGAGCAAGACUUCCACAAUGGUCUCUUCAAGAAGGGAACAUUUAUUGUGUCGAAUCAUGCGGACGAGCUUACUCCUUGGACCNCCCUCCUCGCCUAUCUGAACGAUUCACCAUUCAUUGCUAUACCAUGUUGCAGCCACAACCUGGCUGGUGCCCGAUGGCGAGCGCCCAUAUCAAAAGCUGCANAGGAGAAAGCUGCUGCGCAGCGACGUCAAGAGACCUCGGCAAGCAAGGUUGACAACGAGGAUCAGCUACGCGAGAACCAAGCUGCAGAGACCGGAUCCCUGAAGAAACCAGCUGGCACAAAGAAUGUGCAAUCAGCAUAUGGUUCUCUCUGCGAUUAUGUCUCCGGUCUGGCGGAUGAUGUGGGGUUCGUCGUCGAGACCGAGAUCUUGCGCAUACCUUCCACUCGCAACACGUGUGUCUUGGGCAGAAAGACCAAGACACUGCAGAAUGAUGCAGGAAUAUCCAAAGAGGAACAUGUUCGGCACAUUAUCGCAAGGGAGCUCAGUGCUCCAAUAGAAGACAUUCAUACUGAAUUUGUCAGGUGUGCUCAAAAACUGAUUGGGAAGAAAGGUGAAACUCAUUGA